CACUCCUUGACUCCUACCUUCAUGUCCAAGCUCGCCAAAGAUACAGCCGCCUUCAAAUCUACACUAAAAAGACAGGAUUAUACCUCAUGGCACUCUCAACCACCACCGCUCGACUCUCAGCCUUCGGCUCAGCCCUCUCCAAAGAAGAAGAGGCCCAAAUCAAAUAUCGUUUACUCCCAGCCUGCAGAUACGGGCACAGGUGUACAUGUCAAUACCCAAUUAGUCUAUGCUGUCAACCACCUUAAAUCGACGCCAAAUCCAAUGCGGCUGCAAGACCUGGCAAUCCUUACAAAUACACCGCUUGAUACGGAUAGCGUUCUUCUGGAAAAAUUCAAAUCUCAUGAUCGUGUUCUCUGGGACCCAAAGACCGACCUGUACAGCUACAAGCAUGAAUUCAACUUUCGCAACAAAGCUUCCCUACUCACCGAAAUACAACGACGCACACGGAAAGGUGGAGGUAUAGCAGUCCGUGACUUGAAAGAAGCAUGGAAGGAAGCGCCAGCUGCUAUCGAAGAACUGGAAAAAGACGGAGAGGUGCUAGUGAUCCGAACAGCUAAAGACGGCCAGCUGAAGAUGGUUUUCUGGAAUGAGAUAAAACCAGACGAGGAAAGCGGCGGCAUGCAAGUCGAGAAAGAGUUCAUGGAUCUAUGGCACGAGUUGAAGGUGCCUGAUGAUGUGGAUCUGACAAGACAGCUAGCGACUGGCAAGUUUUUUUCUUUUUCCUGCCCUUAUUUUACUUCUCAUCGCCGAGGCACAGAGGGACUCCAAGUGACGGCAAGUCAGGCUGCCCCGGUCAAGGCACCAAGCAAGAAAAAGGGGAAGAAAGGAGGGGCACCACGCCAGCGACAAAUCCGCCUCACCAAUACGCAUUUGAAGGGAGAAAUCGAUUUGUCGCGGGAUUUCGUGGUACCAGGAAAAUGA